GAGGAGGGAGCCUGAGUGGCUCGGCGAGAGAGAGGAGCUGAUGCUGCAAAGCCGCCCGGAGGGGACCAUGAGGAGCUCAGAGCGGGAAGAAGAAGACGAAGACGAGCGCGCAGAGGCAAGCGCCUAGCUUCGCCCGGCCGCGGUGCCCAAGCCAGCGCGCCCGACUAUGGCUGGGGGAAGGCGAGGGCUGGUGGCUCCCCAGAAUACCUUCCUGGAGAAUAUCGUGAGGAGAUCCAACGAUACCAAUUUUGUCCUGGGCAAUGCCCAGAUAGUGGAUUGGCCCAUUGUGUACAGCAAUGAUGGAUUUUGCAAGCUCUCGGGAUACCACAGAGCAGAAGUUAUGCAAAAAAGCAGCACCUGCAGUUUUAUGUACGGAGAGCUGACUGACAAAGACACCAUAGAUAAAGUUCGACAGACAUUUGAGAACUACGAGAUGAACUCCUUUGAAAUCUUGAUGUACAAGAAGAACAGGACUCCUGUUUGGUUCUUUGUGAAAAUUGCUCCAAUUCGAAAUGAACAGGACAAAGUUGUUUUGUUUCUUUGCACGUUCAGUGACAUAACAGCUUUCAAGCAGCCAAUAGAGGAUGAUUCGUGCAAAGGCUGGGGGAAGUUUGCUCGCUUAACCCGUGCACUCACCAGCAGUCGGGGAGUCCUGCAGCAGCUUGCUCCAAGCGUACAGAAAGGAGAGAACGUCCACAAGCACUCCCGGCUUGCUGAGCAGGUCCUGCAAUUGGGCUCUGAAAUCCUCCCUCAGUACAAGCAAGAGGCACCAAAGACCCCACCACAUAUCAUUUUACAUUAUUGUGUUUUCAAGACCACUUGGGAUUGGGUCAUCCUGAUUUUAACCUUCUACACGGCUAUUUUGGUCCCUUACAACGUCUCCUUUAAAACGAAACAGAACAAUGUGGCCUGGCUGGUAGUGGACAGCAUUGUUGACGUCAUUUUUCUGGUAGACAUUGUGCUUAAUUUCCACACCACGUUUGUUGGGCCAGCUGGAGAAGUGAUCUCUGACCCAAAACUGAUUCGCAUGAAUUACUUGAAGACAUGGUUUGUCAUUGACCUUCUGUCCUGUUUGCCGUAUGAUGUGAUCAACGCAUUUGAGAAUGUUGAUGAGGGCAUCAGCAGUCUGUUCAGCUCCCUUAAAGUAGUCAGGCUCCUCCGGCUUGGUCGCGUGGCUCGGAAACUGGACCACUAUAUUGAGUAUGGAGCAGCUGUCUUGGUUCUGCUGGUGUGUGUCUUUGGUCUUGCAGCCCACUGGCUGGCCUGCAUUUGGUACAGUAUCGGGGACUAUGAAGUUAUCAACGAGGAUAAAAACACAAUACGAAACGAAAGUUGGCUCUACCAGCUGGGCGAAUCCAUAGGAUCACCGUAUCAGUUUAACAGGUCAGGAAGUGGAAAAUGGGAAGGAGGGCCAAGCAAGGAUUCUGUUUAUAUCUCAUCUUUAUACUUUACAAUGACUAGUCUCACCAGUGUUGGAUUUGGAAACAUUGCACCAACCACGGAUGGAGAGAAGAUCUUUGCUGUUGCUAUGAUGAUGAUCGGCUCUCUCCUAUAUGCAACAAUUUUUGGUAAUGUAACAACAAUAUUCCAGCAAAUGUAUGCUAAUACAAAUAGAUACCAUGAAAUGCUAAACAGUGUCCGGGACUUCCUGAAACUCUAUCAAGUGCCCAAAGGUCUGAGUGAACGUGUGAUGGAUUACAUUGUUUCUACCUGGUCAAUGUCCAGAGGCAUCGAUACAGAAAAGGUUCUGCAGAUUUGCCCUAAGGACAUGCGAGCGGACAUCUGCGUUCAUCUGAAUCGAAAAGUUUUUAAAGAGCACCCUGCGUUUAGGCUGGCCAGCGAUGGGUGUCUGCGAGCUCUUGCCAUGGAAUUUCAGACGGUGCACUGUGCUCCGGGGGAUCUCAUAUAUCAUGCUGGAGAGAGCGUGGACAAUCUUUGCUUUGUGGUUUCGGGAUCCUUGGAAGUUAUCCAGGAUGAUGAAGUUGUUGCAAUUUUGGGCAAAGGAGACGUUUUUGGGGAUGUCUUCUGGAAAGAAACUACCCUCGCCCAGUCUUGUGCUAACGUAAGGGCUCUGACGUACUGUGACCUUCAUGUGAUUAAGAGAGAUGCCUUACAGAAGGUGCUGGAGUUCUACACGGCCUUCUCACACUCUUUCUCCAGGAACCUCAUCUUGACCUACAACCUGAGGAAAAGGAUUGUAUUCCGGAAGAUUAGCGAUGUCAAGCGAGAAGAAGAAGAGAGGAUGAAAAGGAAGAACGAAGCCCCUUUAGUCUUGCCACCUGACCAUCCAGUCCGUCGGCUUUUUCAAAGAUUUAGGCAGCAGAAGGAGGCCCGACUAGCUGCAGAAAGAGGCCGAGACGACUUGGAUGUGGAGAAAGGCAACAUUCUGGGAGACCACCCUUCGCGCACUGUGGUUAAAGCUAGCAUCGUCACCGUCAGGGAAAGCCCCGCAACGCCAAUCACCUACCAGUCUGCUUCAACAUCCGGGGUAUCUGACCAGGCCAAGCUUCAAGCCCCAGCCUCAGACUAUGUAGGAGCGAAGGUGGCAGGAGAGUUUCCGAAGCGCAAAGGCUGGGCAAAGUUCAAAGAUGCCUGCGCGAAGGGAGAAGACUGGAACAAAGUCUCCAAGGCGGAAUCCAUGGAGACGUUGCCGGAGAGGACGAAAGUGGUGGGGGAAGCCACUCUGAAGAAGACCGACUCUUGCGACAGCGGCAUCACCAAAAGCGACCUGCGCUUGGACAACGUGGGGGAGACGAGGAGUCCUCAGGACCGAAGUCCCGUCCUGGCAGAAGUCAAACACUCGUUUUACCCCAUCCCCGAACAGACUCUUCAGGCCACGAUGCUGGAAGUGAAGCAUGAGCUGAAGGAGGACAUCAAAGCUUUAAACACAAAAAUAACGAACAUAGAAAAACAGCUUGCUGAGAUACUAAGGAUAUUAGCCUCUAGAAGAAGCUCGCAAUCGCCACAGGAGUUGUACGAAAUAUCAAGGCCACAGUCUCCAGAAUCAGAAAAAGACCUUUUUGGAGCAAGCUGAGGUGGUUCUUUUGAGCAGACGUCAACCGGAUAUCCCCUGCAAACACAACAAAACACCCACUUCAACAUGUUUUAAGCGAAACAUUUAAUCUUUUCUUGAUGAACUCCAUUGAGGGGCCAAUCCGUUAACCAUGUUCUCCCCUCUCUCUAAAUGGUAUAGUAACAGGAAUUGCAACCUCAUGUCGAGAUGGCAGCUGACUCUGAAGUCUUUUUGACAGCAAGGCGGUGUCCCGAUUUCCCCGAGAACAUCCAGUUUAACAGCUCCGAAGGUUCUGCAUCUACACUCCUUCACUUAAUGAAUCGAAAGAGCUAUUUGCUGUGAACAUCCUGGUGAUUUUUUGUUUCUUUGUUUCGACUCAGUAUAGAGUUGGUAUGGACCCAUUUAAAAUACGAUUUUAUUAUUAUUAUUUUUUAAAAGCAAUCUUUAUUAAUAAACGUGUAUGUGAUUAUGCAGCUACACAAUACGUGUGUCUGCAUUAGUUCCGUCUAUAAUUAGUGUUAUUGGACAAUUCACAGCAUAUCCUUCACUCUGCGAUCAAGAUAUCAAAACAAUAACAGAAGUCUUCCCCCAGUGGACAAAUGAAUUCUGUUGGUCCAGUUCAGUAAUGAGGAUCGUGUUUAUCCGCAGUGGGGUGGGGGUGUGUGUUUAAUUUCCUUGUUCUGUUUAAUAUUUCUAUAGUAUACUUUGAUUGAAUUGUAACUGUGCCACUGGGAUAUGGUCUAACAAAUGUCAGGGCAGCCAGGACUCUUAUGCAGAAAUCUCAGAACUGUAUUAGAAGUCUUUCUUUGUAAAUAAGGAGGUGAUUCCCAUUUAACCAUUGAGGGGAACAUGAGCAUAAUCUUAAGGCCAGAACCACAGUCUCUGCCUUGGGUGAGAUUUCAAUGUGCCUGAAACGUGCUGCACAUAGACCACAUCAGCAUGGCCUCUUCAUUCAGCCAUGAAGAUACAAGCCUGGAGAUGGGUUUUUACAGUCACAGCUAAUGUAGAUGGUGGACUGGACUCACAAGUCCCUUUUGAACCCCACACUAGCUAGAUGCAUCUCUUGGCACAUAAGGGGAUGUGGGUGUGUUCGCACAAGGCCACUGGCUGUUGCGUGUGCUUGGCUGCAUGUAAAGUGAGCUGGUUUUGCUUUGUUUCA